AUUCAACUAUUUUCCAGUCUUGUAGACUCGAUGGUUUUUGACUACCUGUUAUGGAUUCCGGCUACUCCGGUGUGCUUAUGAUUAUUUUUAAGGGCAUUUUCUUGUAGAUAUGGUCAAUUCACCCACACUCUUCGCAGAUAAUACACACUAUGGGUUGUUUGUGAUCCCCAAUUAUUACUGAUGCUUGAAGCGGUACCUUUGUUUGCACCUGAAUACAGAUCCGUGCGUAUCUACCUCUUAAAGUAGCAGAGGAACAAAGUUGGGUUCCCAGUUCUGAACAGAUAGAAAAUGACCCAUGAUGAACCAUGAUCCUCCGUGUAGUGCACUGAUCAUAUUUUCUUCCUUCGCAAAUCUUACUAUAAAGAAGCCCUAUCCUAGAUCGAUAAGAAUGAACUGUUCCAUUGGGGUCCAGAGUUGUUGGAGCUUGGUCCGCAGGAGGUGGUGGGGGAUUUUUCUUCCAAACACCUUGAUGACAAACAAACAAUAACAACAUCCCAGUAUAGUCCCACAAGUCCAAUAUCAAGGAUCGAGAAUUUCCAUGGUGAAUUGCAGACAACCUGUUUGAUUAAAUUCCCAAAGGAGCGGAUGGUUACUCCAGUGAGCCGUGCUAGCUUUUAAUCACGCAAAUGUCCAUUUUUGAGAAGUGGGCCUGUUGUAAUUUCUAUUAGCAAGUGAAAAUAUUUGGGAAACUUACGGUAAGAAUGACAACUAUGGCUCUGGGUAAUGUUUGUUCGCUACAAAUAAAGACUUGUGAGCUCUUUGGAAUUUGUGUAAAUCACUCAUAUACCCUUCCUAUCCAAAAUAAAAGCUUAGAAAUAAAGCCAUUGGUUAUUCAAGCCACAGCUAAAGCUAAUUCUCGAACUGAGAGUGCUAAACUUCGAAAUAGACGAAUUCGAAAAAAGUUUAAUGGAACUCCUGAAAAACCAAGACUUUCAGUCUUCUGCUCAGAAAAACAGUUAUAUGCUACAUUGGUGGAUGACCAAAAUAAAAAGUCUUUAUUUUACGGGAGCACUUUGCAAAAAUCAAUCCGGGGUGAUCCACCAUGCAGCACUGUAGAAGCAGCGGAACGUGUUGGUGAGAAACUUGUGCAGACUUGUGUUGAUCUCAACAUCAAUGAGAUUUCAUCUUAUGAUUGCAAUGGUUUUGCUGGAGGAGAAAGAAUGCAAGCGUUUGAGAUUGCCAUUUCUCGCCAUGGUUUCCUGUCCAGAUAGUUUCUUCCUUCUUUUCUAUGUGAAUUAUUUAUAGCCUUCAGAAGUCUGAAGCUUUCUCAUAGGGGCUAGGGAUGGCAAUAGGACAGGGCAGGUGAAGCAUUGCCCUGCCCCAAAUUCAACACGCCCUGCCCCAAAUUCAACACGCCCUGCCCUGUUUAACAGUGUUUCUCUUUUUCAACCUGCCCCGCCCCGCCCUGCCCCGUUUAGCUUUUUUGUUUCUUCCUUUCUUUUAAGUUUGGAACUGUAACUAUUCAUGUUAUUAUAAAAAGAAAGAUGAAUAUGAUUUCCAUGAUAAAUCUGAUAACGGUAUGGCUUCGGUUUA